AGAUGCCGGUCAUUCCAAGCUGUUCUCCAAAAGUAACCCAACCCACCGGGGGCCCGAGUCCAUCUUCACACCUUGGAGGACAAGAUAAUAUUAUUUCAUUUUCCCCAUUUUGUUGUGUAUUUGGGAUUACAAAAAUGGGGAAGAAUAUGUGCGGUUGAUGAGAGUUCUAUGGAGCAGAGGAGAGAAGAAGGAGAGGAAAAGAGAUCAGAGAAUUUUAUGGCGAAUUCGACAUUUAACGACGAGAUUCCGGCCAACUUUGGAGGCACCGGUUCAAGCAUCUUUGACGAUAAGUGGGGGCCGACUGGUUUUGGCUUCGUGGAUUUGCUCAGUGUUAACCAUGAUUUUUCUCCUCCUAUAUUUGAUUCGUUGGUUCAGGCACCGUUCCUUCCUCCACCACCACCACUACUACCAGCAUCAGCAUCAACAGCAGCACCACCACUAGCACCGUCACAAGAAGUGCUAAUUCCUUCUCCGGCGUCUACAGUACCGGAGUCAUCAGAGGUUUUGAACACGGCUCCAACAACGCCUAAUUCUGCUUCGAUCUCUUCGUCGUCGAAUGAAGAACAGAGCAAAGUAGGAGGGGAUGAUGGGGAGCAAGAUCAAGAUGAUCAGAAGUCUAAGAACAAGUUGAAACCCAAAAAGAAGAACCCAAAAAGGCAAAGAGAACCAAGAUUUGCCUUCAUGACAAAAAGUGAAGUGGAUCACUUAGAUGACGGCUUCCGGUGGAGAAAGUACGGCCAGAAAGCCGUCAAGAAUAGCCCUUACCCCAGGAGCUAUUAUCGUUGCACUACGGCAGGGUGUGGUGUGAAGAAGAGGGUGGAGAGAUCUUCCGAAGAUACAACCGUCGUGGUUACAACCUAUGAAGGACAACACACGCAUCCUUGCCCGAUUACACCUCGGGGAAGUAUGGGGAUACUAACCGAUGCAGCUGGUUAUGGUGCUGCUUCUGCUUCAUUGCCUUUUGUUGUUCCUCAGUAUUUCCACCAUCAUCAGCAACAGCAACGUCCUUAUAUAAUUAGCCCAUCACCUUCUUUGAAUAUCACUGCAAGUUCCGGUUACAAUAACCCAAUAUCGUUUCCUUCUUUGAUUCAAGAGAGACGAGUGCCUCCUUCCAUGACAUCUUCAGUAUUGCUUAGAGAUGAUGGGCUUCUUCAGGAUAUCGUUCCAUCCCAGAUGCGAAAUGAGCUUAAAGAGGAGUAGAUAAAUGGGGUUAGAUUAAUUUUUCCGGUUUGUGUUUAUUCUCUUUGACUGACUUAUGGAGGUUUUAGCUUUAGAAAAGAACCCCACUUCACCAUUUUCAGACUACGUGUGAUGAUCAUUUCUUAAAUGAGGACUAGUCAGCCUCCUCUUUUUAGGCUUAAUUUGUAGUAAUAUACUGGUUAUGUGUCCUUAAAUAUUGUAUUUUCCUAUGUUAUUCUUUGUAUUUAAUAAUUAGUUAAUUAGUAU